AUGGGGCAAGACAGCUACGAGGCUAUCCACGAGCACUUGCAGCAGAGCGUUGGGAGUUGGAACGCGCAGGAGGCCAUUGAUGUGAAGGGAUCCCGAUUUUUUGAAUGGAUGGCCAAGUGGCGCAAGCUGUCCCCUUAUUGGGGCUUCCUGCGCGUUGUGUACGAUGCCUGGCAUGUUCUAAAGAGUAGAGAGGCUGAACAAGCGCAGGAGACGGAGCUUCAAGAGCAGGGUGAGCAAGGGCCAGAAGCUUCCGCGGCCGCGGCCGAGACCGCGGACAGAGAGGGCCAGGCAGAAGAGAAGCGACCCCGCGGUGGCAAGCUUCAGCAAGUCCACGCAGACCUCAUACAGGAGCUUCGGGACAAACAGAAAUCGCGUCACACGCUAUCCGUCGUGCGAGACAUCUUGGGUGAUGACAGAGUUCGAGUGUUCGCAACCAUGAUCGCAGCUUCACAACGUGAGCAUGUAAGGGACUACCAGGAGAUGAUUGAGGCUUUGAAGAGUGAGCAUCCCCAAACUCUGGCCAAGCUGAAUGCGGAAGAAGCAAGCCGAAGAUGGCUUGUGAUGGUGGCUCGAAUCUUGAGCAUCCUCACCGACGAACCCUUGCUUGCCGAGCUUGGCUUCUCCGUGCUGCAGGAUGAGGCGUGUGAGGAGGGAGCUGCACAUGCGGAGCUGUUUUUUGAUUUGGUGGUGAGAUCUGCGUCGCAACGCAGCUGGACCCAGUGCACCUUGUCUGAGCUGCCACCGCACUGUUGGUGCGCUGUAGUGUCGUCUGACAUGACGGACGCCAACGCAGCUUUGAAGCAGAUGCGAACUGACUGCGUCGUGGUAAAGGCUGCCCUCGCCGCCAUCCGAGCUACCCCCCCGCAUCCAGAACUGCAGGCCCGGUCGCUUCAAACCGUGCUGUGCGCAGGGCUUGAAGCUUACCACGAACAAUUUGUGGUUCCACAAGCUGACAAUGGUGGCCGCCGCUUGGACAUCCAACCGAACUCUGUGCUCAAGGCAAAUCUGCUGUCAGAAGCUGUCCGGUUUCUUCUGGUGUUGGCAAAUCUGCUGUCAGAAGCUGUCCGGUUUCUUGUGGUGUUGGCAAAUCUGCUGUCAGAAGCUGUCCGGUUUCUUCUGGUGCUGGCAAAUCUGCUGUCAGAAGCUGUCCGGUUUCUUCUGGUGUUGGCAAAUCUGCUGUCAGAAGCUGUCCGGUUUCUUCUGGUGUUGGCAAAUCUGCUGUCAGAAGCUGAUUGCUGGCGCCACAUGGAGCAUUUUCAAUGGGAUCCACGUGCAGUCUACACGCACUGCCUGCGCCUUGCAAGCAUGCCGAUUUCGACAAAGGAGUCUCUCGAAGACCUGAUUGGUGAGACAGGCGACCAUGUCUCCAGAGAUGCCAAAAAGCAAAGCGGCGCAAUGCCGGAGCGGAGCUUCUUCUACAACUGCACAUCUUCCAGGUUGCAGAGUGUGCCCUACCUCCGCCUGGGUCCGGGCGAGUUUGUGAGCGAAGAGGCCAGAGACAGGUUCCUCUUGUCCUGCACCUUCUGCGUGGAUGGCCCAGAUGUUUUGGAUGCUGCCGCUACAGAGGAAUUCCACGGCAUUCCUGCCCGGUACAGUCGAGGCAGCGGUCUGCUCCAGCAGUGCGGAGCGCCGUGCAAGCUGAUCCCGUACUUUCUCGGGCAUGGGAUGGCGUUGAUGAAGGCAUGGUUCUCUGCGGAGACCGAGCAGCAGCAAUGGGAACGAUGCAGCCGCUUGCUGCAGACCUCCCACUCGCGAAAAAUCGUGCAGGUCGCAGGCAUUCGAGAAGCAGUCGCGGAGCUGGUGAAGGCGGGAGAGGCAGACGAGCAGCAGAUGUUCAAGGCAUUGGCAGCAUCAAUCGAAAAUGAGGAAACCGAAGAACUCAUCAAGGCCAGAGUCAAUCAACCACGGGCCACUGCAGAAAGCAGUACACCUGAGUGCCUGAAAAAACUCCGCCCAUCCGUGGAGAACUGUGUCUUGGUGUAUCAGAUCCGCGCGCAGAGUUUUCAAUCGUACUACCCGAAACCGCUGAGUGAAGAGCAGAAGGCGAAUCCAAAAGUCAAGAAGCAUUUUUCAACAAGCCGGACUUUCGGAACCAAGUGGACGAAACUGCAAGCUUUGAGACUGGUUGUGCAAUUCCUUUGGACGCAUCAUCGCAAAUUGAAAAGGGUCGCUUGGAUGAGCUUUGUUUGGGUUGCACAGCUGUGUCGUGUGAAUCGUGUGCCAGAGUUGUUACCUUGA